AUGAUGGUUGAUAAGAAGUUGAGCAUGGCUGAUAUCGCCAAUAAGAUCAACCAUGAAUUUGAUGGCGACUUAUCAUGCAUAUACAAUGAUGACAAUGCAGAUAAACUUAUUCUUCGCCUGCGCAUCAUAAAUGAUGAAGCUUCAAGAGGAGAAAUACUAGAUGAGUCUGCUGAGGAUGAAGUUUUCCUCAAGAAGACAGAGAGACAUAAGGAAUGGAUGCUUGAUACAAAAGGUGUUAAUCUCUUAGCUGUCAUGUGUCAUGAGGAUGUUGAUGCUACAAGAACAACAAGUAGCCAUUUGACUGAAGUGAUUGAGGUUCUUGGAAUUGAGGCUGUUCGUCGAGCUCUCUUUGAUGAACUUCGGGCAGUCAUAUCUUUUGAUGGAUCCUAUGUAAAUUAUAGGCAUUUGGCUGUUCUUUGUGAUACAAUGACAUACAGAGGUCAUCUGAUGGCUAUUACAAGGCAUGCUAUCAAUCGCAAUGACAUUGGACCUCUUAUGAGAUGUUCUUUUGAAGAAACUAUGGAUAUCUUGCUCGAUGCUGCUAUACAUGCCGAAUCUGACUACUUGAGAGGGGGAUACAAUCCCAGGUCGGAAAGGUACAUGGCUGUAUCACCGAUAUAUACUCCAUACAAUGCUUCAUCACCAAUUAAUGCUUCUACUUCAACAUCAUAUAGUCCACCCAACAUCACCUACAUACAGUCCACAUCACUUGGUUACAGCCCUACAUCACCUGGUUAUAGCCCGACCUCACCAAUUUACAACCAAACAUCGCCAAACUACAGCCCGACUUCACCAAGCUUCAAUAUUUCAUCUACUGAGUACAAUUCUUCCAACACUUACUCUCCAAUCGGACCAAGGAUGACUCUAGAUAGCUCGACUCGUCCAGACUACAGUCCAAUUUCAUCGACUUACUCAUCGACUUCACCAUCAUAUUCAUUACCAAGUCUAUCAUACAGCCCAACCAGGCCAAUUGAUGACUCUGGAAGACCUAGCCCAGAUUAUGGUCCAACAUCUCUAAAUUUUAGCCCUAGCAGAAGUGACUCCCCCACUGCGGCUAACUACUCCCCAUCCUCCGCUGGCCAAGCCAUUGACAAGGACGGCGAGAUCAGCCAGUGA